UUAGCAUAAUAAUAUUGUUUAUAUUAAUUAUUAAAGAACUUUGCAGUAAUGCAGUUGAUUGUUUGUACUGCAGUUGAUAAAAUUGAAAAAAAAUCAUUAUGGAACAAAAAAAUAACUCUGAUAUUCAUUGGCGAACUCUUUAGAAAUGGUGCUUUUCCAGAAAAAGUUAUUUUGUCAUGCAUUACAGACUUAAGUAAAGAAAAUAAUGACAACAAUGAACUAAAAAUGCAUUGUUUAUGUACAAUACUGCAAUUAGUAGGACCAAUAUUAUCAAAAACAAAUGAUUUGAACAAACCAGUUAAUAAGCUUGUAUCCUCUAUAAAUGACCAUGGCAUGUCAUCGACACUAAAAUGUUUAAUACAUCAAGUAAAAAGAAUGCAUUCCAAGGGUUGGAAGAAUGAGGAGCCUGUCAAGUUUGUAGCAAACAAUCAUACUGAAUUUUCUGCUUUACCAACACACAUGAAAAGUGUGUAUACAUUAAAGUCAGAUAUGAUAAUGGCCGAAUGGGAAGUUAUACAGUUAUUAAAAAUUAGUAAUAUUUGGAAUUUCUACGAUCCAGUAUUGUUCGUUGUCUCAACAAUUCUUGUAGCUCUUGAAGAAAAUAAAGAUGUAAGAAAUCACGCUGGAAAACUUUUAGAUAGUCUUAAUAGAAAAACAAAGUUAUCAGCGUGUUCAAUUCAAUCCGGAGUCAACAAAGUAUUGAACGAUUUGGGCACUAAGAAAGACUAUCCAAAUUUAUCCAACUUAGUUUCAGAUAUAACUGGUCAGUUCUUGCAUUGUUGUAGCUCUAGGAGAAAUUCAAAAUGUAAGGAAUCAGGAUGGAAAACUUUUAGAUAAUCUUAAUGAAAAUAAAGUUAUCAAUAUGUUCAGUUCAAUCAGGAGUCAACAAAGUAUUGAACGAUUCGGAUUUCGGGCACUAAGAAAGAGUAUCCAAAUUCGUCAACUUAGUUUCAUAUAUAGUUAUACAUCAGUCUAAACAUUAAAGUUUAGUUAUGCCUGUUGAAUUUAAAUUUAAAUUGAAUUUAUCAAUUAAUUACAUAUCUUGUAGAAUUUUGUAAUAAAAUAUAAUGUUUUUUGUUGAAUUAUCUUCCUUGUACAUUUUUUUUAAAUUAAAUAGAUAAACCUAUUUUUAUAUUAUAUUUCAGUAUGCAAUUAGGUAUAAAUAAGUUAUUAUUAAUAUGACAUUUUUUAUUUUCCCAACAGUCGUACUAAUAAAUAUAAUGUACUAGCUGUCCCAAGGUGGCAAAAGUUACGUCGGGUGAAAUACAUUGGCAAUAUUAUAACUUAUAAGUACAAGUUCAAGAAAUCAAGGAUGGACUCUAGGAUAGGAUAGAUUGUUGAAUUUUACUUCUCGGAACAAUUCAUAUCUACACACCGAUAAAACACACACAAAAGAAAAAAGGUCAGGUUACCCGCGGGCUUCCGUGCCGCACAAUAUGUAUACUAAUAUAUAAAUGUAUAAUUAACACAUAUUUUGUUUUAAUUAUUUAUUAAUUAAUAACUUUAUCGGACUAAAUUUAUGUCAACUUUAAUUUUAAAAAAACUGCAAGACGAUUGCAGAAUAAGUCGUUUUGGAGUAAAUCCGGAACAAAAAAACGACUUCAUUUUAUAUCGUAGUGGAAAUAUCUAUCCAUCUAGAAAAUAUUGUAUGAAUGUUAUAAUGGCUAUAAUAAGUACCUGUCUACAUGCGUGCGGUACAAUAAUAGUUAAAUAAAUAGCCACACUAAGAAAUUUCACGGACUUCGAGUAAUAAAAAAGUAGUAAAUUGAUAAUAAACGUGUGUAUAACGGAAAUAAUAAACGCGCAUAACCCAUAAUUUGAUAUUAGCGG